AUGAUGCUUUUGAUCGAUAUUAUCUUUCUAUUACACGAGCAUGUUACAAAUAAAUGUCAAAAAGGGAUUUUAGAUACAGAAACUGUAACCUUUAGUUUUUUUUUUGAAGUCAAUGAAUGUGAACUUGAUACAACUGAUGUCGAUAAUGGUUUUGAUUCGAGUACUUCAUCAUCACAAAAUAAUAAAACUAUUAAUCGAAGUACAAGUAAUCCAGAUUUAUCACCAUCAUCAAUUAGUAUUAAAUCAAUGUCAUCAUCAACAAAUAUACCAAAUAACGAUGAAGAUCAUUCAGCAUUUGUUCUUAAAGUUUUUCGAAGUGAUCAAUCAUAUAAAUUUUUACCUGUACAUAAGGAAACAACAGCAAAACAAGUUGUCAUGUUAGCUAUAACUGAAUUUGGUAUUAUUGAUCCAAGCAGAUGUUAUUCAUUAUGUGAAGUAUCAGUUGAAAAUGGUGUUAUAAAACAAAAACGUUUACCUGAUCAUACUGACAAUUUACCCGAACGUCUUCCAGUAAAUGCUCGUUAUUAUUUAAAAAAUAAUCAUUUAACUGAAACACUUGUACCUGAUCACUUAUCAAAUGAUUUAUUACGUGAAGCACGUAUUAAUUUUCUUCAAUUAGAUGCACUUGAAAUAUGUGCACAAUUAACAUUACGUGAUUUUUCAAUAUUUAAAUCAAUUCAAACAACUGAAUAUAUUGAUCAUAUAUUUAAAUUAAAAUCUUUAUAUGGUAUACCACAACUUGAAAAAUUUCUUAAAUUACCCAAUCAAGAAAUGUAUUGGACAAUAACAGAAAUAUUACGUGAAAGUCAUUUAAUACAACGUUCAAAAGUUAUUAAACAUUUUAUUAAAAUUGCAAAAUGUUGUAAAGAUAUGAAAAAUUUUAAUUCAAUGUUUGCUAUUGUUAGUGGACUUGAUCAUAAAAGUGUACAACGUUUACAAUCGACUUGGGAACGUGUUCAAGAUAAACAUAAGAAAAUUUUUGAAGAACUUAAAUCUUUGCUUGAUUUAUCCCGAAAUAUGUCUGUCUAUCGAAAUUUAUUAAAAAAUGAAUUUGUUGUUCCACCUAUUAUUCCCAUGUUCCCGGUGUGUAUGAAAGAUUUGACAUUUAUACAUUUGGGAAAUCCAACACAAGAUGAUGGCUUAAUUAAUUUCGAAAAGCUUCGUAUGAUUGCAAAAGAAAUUCGACAUAUUACAAAUAUGGCAUCUUCUCCUUAUGAUAUUUCAAAUAUGUUCGAUUCUCCAACAUCUCAUCCACAAAUAUUUGCCGGUUUUGGCCAUCAAUCAAUGAUAGAUUCAUUUGGUACAAUGCGAAGACACCAAUUUGGUAAUCGUUUAUCUGUUAUGGCAAAUGCUAAACGAAUUUAUGAUGAAGCAUUAAUGGUUAAAAAAGUAAAAACUUAUUUAAAUAAUGCUGAAAUAAUCGAAGAUGAAAAUCGUCUAUUGGAUAUAGCCAAUCAAUGUGAACCAGCUGGAGUAGGAAAUACACCUGCAUCUUCAUCAAGGCUAUUUUUUAAACUUUCAUUAAAUAAUGAUGAUAAUGAAUUUGUUAUUGUGAAUACACCAACAAAUUCAAAAGCACAUGAUCAAAACAAUGAUGUUAUACAAAAUGAAAAACCUAAUACACUUAUUAAAAGUGAUGAAACAAAAAAUAAUAAUAAUAAUGAUAAUCGUAAUAAUAAUAAUAAUGUUGAUGCUCGAUCACGUACGGAUUCAUCGCCAACAAUAUUUAGUGCUUUUAAAAGUGCUUUGUUCAAUGUCAGCACACUUAAACGUCGUCCAUCACCAUCAACAUCAAGUUUAUCAUCAAAUUCAUCAUGUGAUCGUCGUGCUGGUUCUAUACAAUUGACGAAAUUCGGCACACAAUCACCGGAUGCCGUUAACAAAUUACUUCGUCUAACGGACAGUAGUCAUCAAACAAAAGCUCGUGCACCACAACGACCAAUUCAUACACCAACACCAUCUAAUAUUUUAAGUACAUCAGUACCGAAUACAGCAUCACCCAUAAUAAGUAGUGUAACAACCACAACAACAACAACAGGACUUUCAUCAUUAAAUGAACCGACUCAUCAUCAUCGUCAUAUAGCAAAAAUACGUGAUACAAAUAAAUUAACAAGUGAAAGUUCAAGUUUAAAUUUUAAAUCACCAACAUCAACAUCAUAUAUACAUCUUAUGCGAUCUCAUACUCAAUUACAUCAAAGUCAUAGUGAAUUAAUAAAGGAAGGUGGUGGUGAUUCUGGACGUGGUAGUCUUAAUUCAACGGAUACUUGUGUUGGUGAUGGAAAUGAAAAAUCGAUUAAUACAAUAAAUGAUGGAUUUUCAUCAGUUAAAGUUCGAAAUCGACCUCCAUUACCACAAUCAAAUUCUGUUACAUGUACAACUCGUCAUGAUGGUGCACAAAUUCCAAAGUCGGUGCAUAAUUGGUUUCAACGUUCUCAAUCAGAAAAUGAAGUGACUACAGCUGAUGUACCUGAUCGAGACGAAAAAAAAACUAUGAUAAAAUUAUUUAUUCUUGUCGUAUUAUCCUGUUCGAUCAAUUCAUUAUGGGCAGGAACACCAUUCAAAGAUUGUGGAUCAGAGGCAGGUACAAUUCAAGAAUUUGAAGUAACGGAUUGUCCAACAGCUCCAUGCAAAUUUACAAAAGGCAAAACAUAUGCAAUGAAUUUAACAUUUACAGCCAAAGCUCCAUCAAAAACAGCGACAGUUAGCAUUCAUGGUGUUAUUGGUGGUGUUCCAGUUCCAUUUCCAUUACCAGAUCCAGAUGCUUGUAAAAUGAAUGUUAAAUGUCCAAUAAAUCCAAAUGAUAGCAAUGUAGCAUCAAUGUCGUUACCUGUUUUAGAAGUAUAUCCAUCAAUUUCACUUUAUGUCAAAAUUGAACUUAAAGCUGAUGAUCAAAAACAAGAUUAUGCUUGUUUAUUAUUUCCAGCAACAAUAAUAAGUGGUGCACAUGGAAGAAAAAAUUUAGUUGGUUGGAAAAAAGGCCAAUUGUUUGAAAUGCUUGAUUAA